CGCGCGCGCGCGCACACACGUGUGUAUAUAAACCACCACGCGCGCGCGGCGUUGUCCUGACCGCGCCCUGUCGUGAAAGUUAAGCUGACCAUGGCCGCGCCAGCGCCGCUUACGCCGUCGCGGCGCCUCCUCCCGCUUGUCCCGCUCGUCGUGGCCAUGUGGAUGGGUUCCUCGGCGGUGGGAGGGUCCGGCGCCGACAACGACGUGCUGCGGCGGGCGCAGCGGCCGGAGUUCGCGGCGUGGAUGGCCGGCGUCAGGGGGGCCAUCCACGAGCGGCCCGAGCUGGCGUUCCAGGAGCACGAGACGAGCGCGCUGGUCAGGAGGGAGCUCGACGCGACGGGCGUCGCGUACAGGUACCCGGUCGCCGGCACCGGCGUCGUCGCGGCCGUCGGCACCGGGGGCCCGCCGUUCGUCGCGCUGCGCGCCGACAUGGACGCGCUCCCGCUGCAGGAGGAGGUAGAGUGGGAGCACAAGAGCAAGGAGGCCAGGAAGAUGCACGCCUGCGGCCACGACGCGCACACCGCAAUGCUGCUCGGCGCCGCCAGGAUCCUCCACGAGCACCACCAUGAGCUGCAGGGCACGGUGGUCCUUCUUUUCCAGCCGGGCGAGGAGGUGGGCAUUGGCGCCAAGAAGUUGGUGGAGGCCGGCGCCGUGGACAACGUCGAGGCCAUCUUCGGGUUCCACGUCACCGUGAUGCUCCCCACCGGCGUGGUGGGCUCCAGGGCCGGCCCGCUGCUGGCCGGCUGCGGGUUCUUCGAGGCGGUAAUCACCGGGGUGGGCGGCCACGCGGCUGGCCCCCACAACACCGUCGACCCCGUCGUGGCCGCCUCCAGCGUCGUCCUCAGCCUGCAGAACCUCGUCUCGCGGGAGGCCGACCCGUUUGACUCCCAGGUGGUCACCGUGACGAGGCUUCGAGGCGGCAGCGCGUUCAACGUGAUCCCGGACUCCGUCACGAUCGGCGGCACGUUCCGGUGCUUCUCGAGCGAGGGCUUCAUGCGGCUGAAGCGGCGGAUCGAGGAGGUGAUCGUGGCGCAGUCCGCGGUGCACCGGUGCGCGGCGUCGGUGGACUUCAGCGCCGGGGGGAGCCCGCUGCUUCCGCCUACCGUCAACACCGCCGCGUUGCACGAGCACUUCGUGGCCGUCGCCGCGGAGACGGUCGGCGCGGCCGGCGUCCGUGGCGCGGUGGAGCCGUGCAUGGGGAGCGAGGACUUCGCGGCCUUCGCCGAGGCCGUCCCGUCCUCCCACUUCUACUUCGUCGGGACGCGGAACGAGACGGUCGGGGCCGUGCACGACGCGCACUCGCCGCACUUCUUCGUCGACGACGCCGCGCUCCCGUACGGCGCCGCGGUGCACGCGAACCUUGCCAUGUGGUACCUGCAGCGCCGCGCGGCGUCCCGCGGGCCCGGUGAAUCCCACGACGAGAGUGCCGGAGCGUUGGAUUCAUUACAGGACUGGGUCUUCGGGCUCCAUUGUAGCGGUCCAAAACAGAACAAGGGUAAACGUCUUGGAAAGAAAGGAACCGGCGAAUUCAACGCUAAGGAGAAAUCCUUCCUCCAGGUUGCCAGUUUGAUUGGCGAUGACAUUAGAGCCUAUCAAAUAACAGAGUGAAGAGGGUGAACAAGGAAAUAGCUGAAUGUUUUAGGCCCUUCCAUGUAUCUUUGUAAUUUUCGGUUUUCUUUUUUCUUUUCCUGUCAUGUAACUCAAAUUGUAGUCGUCCUUCCCUCUUAGCAGCUCUCCUGCCUUCUUUAAAAAAACAAUAAUUGUAGUGCCAAAUGCUGAAUUUUUAGAAAGCAAAAGAUGAAGGGAUAUAAAAGCAAGUUCUAGCUGCAAA